AAAUACAUCUACCUUAACACUGGUGACAUCGCAGCAGCUGCAGCGGAGAUAACAGUGGCAAUUUCUCAGUAGCUUUUCGUGUCCAUCCUCCAGACAAUGCAGUCCGACACAUUAUUGCAUGUGGCCAACUUCAGCACACUGUUUGUGUGCAUGGUGCUCAAGUUCCCGCAGAUCUUUGUGCUGAUGCGGGCGAAGUCAGCGGCUGGAGUGAGCCUCAACAGUCUGCUCCUCGAGUUGAUCGGGUUCAUUGUUUUUGUUACCUACCAGAUGUACUACGACUACCCGCCUCCAACAUACCUGGAGUAUCCGAUUCUCAUUGCUCAAGAUGUCAUGCUUCUGCUCCUGAUUCUUCAUUACAGCGGCAGCCUGCGGCACAGCUUUAUCUACGCCUUGGUGUUCGUCGGGGGUUGGAGGCUCCUCACUGUGGACAAGUGGAUCAUCGAUUCUGCGAUGAGCUUGUGCACAUUCAUCAGUGCGGCUAGUAAAUUUGCCCAGCUGCAAUGCCUGUGGCGGUCCAAGGAUGCUGGACAGGUUAGCGCCCUCUCCUGGGCCAUGGCUACCUACACCUGUAUGGCACGGAUUUACACCACCACAGUGACAACUGGAGACACACAGGUUUUAGUGAGGUUCAUCGUCAUGACUUCGCUCAACAUGUGGGUGCUGCUCACUGUGCUGUACUACCAGAGACAAAGCAGCAGGUCCAAGAAAGAAGAAUAGGUGUCAGAGUUGGAUCCUGACUGAGGCUGAGCAGCUGUUCUGAAAACCUGCAGUUUCUUCCAGCUCUGUUCACUGUAGCGUCGACUGGCUAACUCUGGACACAGCUAGGACCGAAAACAAGACUGACAGGUAGCCACGGUUAUGUAAGCACCUUUUCUAACACUGACCCAUAAAAUGUGCUCUUUGUAUUUUCUUUACCUCAGUAUCAAACCCACACAAUUGAAACAUUCCAGUGACGAAAUUGCUAGAACUUGUAGUGCCAGCAGAGACCAAUGUAUGAAAAACAUUGGUCUGUGUGUGGGGGAAAAAAAGUGUUAUUAUAUUGGACAGCACGAGCUAUGCAUAUCCGAGAUCUUCCAACUCAGGAUAAGAUAUACUGUAUUUUAAAAAGCUUUUAUAAGUGUUAAGUUCUUUUCUGAAUUUUUAAAUAAAACAUUCUAUCUUCUGUCA